GUGGCGUUGAGAACUGUAAUGGCGGCUUUGGGGUUUGAUCUCAGGAUUCAACCAUCUUAAUUUGUCCCUUUCUUUCGUACAACAAUUAUAUUUGUUCAUUUCAAGAUGGCAUUGGAAGUUGACACUCAUGCAAGCUCGCGGCGAAAAGCAGUUAAGGUUGCUGUCGCUGCGCUUUCUUACGAAGUUGGAUUUGGAGAAGCUGAAGACAUGGCUGUAGAAACUCUCCGAGAGAUGUUACAGAGUUUUUUGACAGAGGUUGGGCGCAGUGCAAGAGCAUACACCGAACUGGCUGGGAGAACGGAGUCAAUGCUCAGUGAUGUUGUCAUGGCCCUGGUUGACAUGGGUGUAAAAGUAGAUGCAAUUCCUGCCCAUGCCAAGAGGUACAACAAAUCCAUCUUCAUUCCACCAACACCAAGCACCCCUAGUCCUACACUACCCACUCUGCAGACUGGAGACAAGAAGGCACACCCCUCACACAUACCAGACUUUCUGCCGCCCUUUCCGGAUCCACAUACAUACAUUAGAACUUUGACACACAAACAGCCAAGCAAUGAAUACCAGUUGAUCCGAGAGAAAGCAGCAUCCCAGAAAAGAGAUGUGGAGAGAGCGCUCACUCGCUUUAUUGCCAAGACAGGAGAGACGCAGAGUUUAUUUUCAGAUGAUAUGGCAGCCUACCCAUUGAUUGCAGUGAAACCUUCCCCCCGUGCAUAUCUUAAUGCUCUCCUCCCUAAGGAUCAGGAUUUGGAUGCUCAGGAGCCAGUGGAGACACAACAAGCUGUGUCUAAACGCCAGAGAGAGGCUCGAGAUGGUCAGUCUGGGUCUGACGCACAGACAGACACACCUGUAGAAUCCACAUCCUUCUCUCAGCUACUCUCACAAGAUUCGGUUGACUCUGAUACCAUAGACAAUCCAUACCUUCGUCCAGUCAAAUUUCCAAAGAAGAGGCGACGGUGAUCUCAAAGUAGAAAGAUCAUGCUCAAUGUCAAGAUGUGAGAAUAGAGGCUGGGUCACAGAUUCUAGACUUCAGUGACUUCAGUGACUUCAGCAAGGUCAAGGACAGAUUGGAGGAUGGUUCACAAGAUUCUUGAUAUCUUUUACCCAGAUGAAAUCAUUUUGUUUUGAAGGUCUUGAAUGUUAGUGGUUCUGCAACUCUGAGACACUGUUAUCAGUUUUCCUGUUUGGCGCAAAUGCUACUGUUUAGUGUUACAUGUGAAGAAAAUGACUCAGGGGGAAAACUUUUGAUAAAAUAUUUGAGGUAAGCUGUGUUUCACUACCAAUCAGCUCGACAGGGGCAAGUAACCAAGCACCCCAGACACCUGCUUGUGGUGCACAUUAUGAUGGCUGAAAAAGGCCAUCUGGGGCCAACACUUUGUCAGGCAUCUGCAUUACACUACAGAUCAGUCCUUGUGUGUGUGCAUUCAUCCUGACACCUUGGUCACCUUGGAUGAUAAUCAACAUGAUCACUGGCUGCUAGGGUGGCACAGGUGGCCCUGUCGUCUUAAGACGAUGCAAUUUGCUGUGUAGAGUUCAUCUCUUUGGCAUGCCAGAAACCUAUGAUUGUCGGUUCUGAUUAUGUUUCUGUGUCCAUGGGUUUCACCAAACUGGUAAAGGUACUUCUCCUAGGUAAGGGUGAGUUAUGUCUCAUAUUGAAAAAACAAAUCACAAAAUUUAAUAUGAAACAAAAUACUGAAAUAUUAUAUAUCUAAUCAAGUAGGUUUCAAACACAACAAAAACAUUAUAUUGCAAGCUAUACCUUUUAAUAUUUAUAUGCAAAUUGUUAUGUACAAACGAAACAAGAUAUUUACAUCAAAUGUAGAAAACGAUUUCGUACUUUGCAUUUGUAUAAUGAGAGAUGAAGGUUUAUAAUACAAACUCAUUGUAUUAUGUACUACAGAUUGAAAUGCAGAGAUGAAACUAUAUGAAGCUGCCAUUUUAAAUACAAUCAUGACAACCAAUGUUUGUAUGAACAUAAAGACAUGUUUUAUAA